AUGUCCAACAAUACAAACACAACAGCGCCACCACCAAAAACAACAACCCCAAAACCAAAUCCACCUCCAACAACAUCAAAACCCACCAGCACUACCACCGCAUCGUCAGCCGCGAAAACCCACACAAUCAAAGUUGGUCCCAAGGAGGCUCCGCAUGAAUAUAUUCCCCAUGAGGUGGAUGCCAAAGUCGGCGACUUGAUCGUCUUUCAGUUCCACCCGCGCAACCACUCCGUUGUCCAGGCUGACUGGAGGGCUCCAUGUGUGCCAGCCGAUGGCGACUAUUUCUUCUCUGGUAUUAAGAAUGAUUUCAACGAGGUAAACGGGCAGGUUUCUGGCAUGCUGCCCACUUGGAAUUGGACGGUUCCACGACCAGAGCCAAUAUUCUUCUACUGUACUGCCAUAGACUCAUGUAAAGAAAAUGGCAUGGUUGGCGUUAUCAACCCGACCACGCAGAAAAGUUACGAGUCCCAGAAAAAGGCCGCCCUCGAUGCUCCUUACAUGCUCAUCCCGGGCCAAUCCAUGCCGGCAGAAGGCGACUACGGCACAACCACCACAGAUAACCCCUCCGAAGCCCCGUCAAACGCACACGCCGCAUCCCCACACAGCCUCGGCGGCGGCGCAAUAGCAGGCAUCGUCAUUGGAGCUGUGGCUUUCGUAGCAAUCCUCUGCGCUCUCAUCUACCUCUUCGCCCGAAACCAGGCGUACAGGAAAUUCUUCUCUCACUCCCACGAAGCCGCAUCCACAAGCGACGGCCGCACUGCGCAGUGGGCACUUUCCACUUCCGCAGCCACUGCCGGCGCUGGUGCUGGUGCUGGUGCUGGUGCUGGGAAGAGCGAUGUUGAUACUACUAGUAGCACCGGCGUUCCGCGAAACAUGAGUACGAGCGUGCGUGGGGCUUCGCCUGUCAGUGACCCUGGUGUGUUUGGACCUGGACCAAUGGCAGGUCCAGUAUUUGCCCCGAUGGACCAGAAUCUAGCCUCCCAGACGCAAAGCGGGAUUUAUCCACAUCAUGAGGGUGGGUAUGGAGUUCCGUCCCCGUUGGGUUCGCAGAGGCAGCAUAGCCCACAGCUACAGCCUGGGCAGCAGCAGCAGCAGCCCUAUUGGAUAUGGGAUCAGACUGUCCAGCCGCAUCAUCUGGUUGGGAGGACGGGAGGACCAACAGAGUUGGAGGGGGAAACACCGAAAUGA